UUGUAAAAAUCUGAGCGCGAGACAUGUGGGUGUUGUGACGAUUCACGAACGAGCAAGAAAUUGAAGAUUUCUUUCCGGCAUGAACGACCCUUAUUGGGAACCAUUAGCCGACGUCUACAUCGGGGAACAGACAGAGUUCCCUGACCCUGAUAAUUACAUUUAUUGUCUUUGCAGCAGAGUAUUCAUUCGAAAUCCAGAAGUAUAUUCAGCCCUUGCUUUGGAAGAUGCAAGCGAAGGUGAAGAUGUUGAGGGUGAUUGUGUUGGAGAAAUGUUAGAUCUUCAUAAAAGGUCUGCCAUAGAAGCACAAUCCAUUGAGAAACACGAUGAAGAACCAGUGAGCUGUUACUGCAGUGCAUCACACACAGACAACAAUUAUUCCACAGAUGAACAUGACUCCGUUCGUGACUCUACUCAUCGUCCUGCCGCGCAUUCUCUCACCCAAAAACUGGGUUUGCACCAAUCUGAUUCUGGGGCAGACCUAUCCGAGUAUCAUGAUCAGCACGAGGCCAAAAGCAUACAAAAUCUUUUGGCAUCUUAUGGAAAGACUUUUCAAACUACAGAGACUGAACUGGAAGAUGGAUUUGAGAAAGUGAAUGUAUUUCCAGCGACUCAAGAAGACAAACGUUCAGAAUUUGUAUCCGAAUUAACAGACAUUCACUCAUCAGAUCGUCUUGCAGAAAACAUUAAAGUUUUAAGUAUUAAUCCCUCCAACUGUAAUGAGAAAUUUCAUAUAAAAAGCCCGUCGUUUAUUUUGGGAGACAAAGAUUCCGAGAUACAGACCACUUCAAAGAAUGUAUCAUCUAAUGAUGCACAGACUUAUAGGGAAAAUGUUUCAUAUGUGUAUAAUCAUAAUUCACACGUUUAUCCAUAUUCUAUGUAUUUGGAAACUAAGAGUGCUAUGGACAUUGCAUGGGAGAAGUAUUGGUCAGUGAAUGGUGAACAAUUAAUUUGGUCGUCGUGGAUUGAGAAGUACGCAGAUUAUAUAAACCCAGAGUAUUUUCAACAAAAUGCUCUCUUGAUAGGAGAUGAAAGAGUAGAAGCAAAGGAGACUGUAGAAAAGUUUUCAGAACAGAACACGUGUUUCCCUAGUCAGGCGCACAGAAAUUGUGAACUUGGACGCUCAAAUUUUGAAGGAAUAUUUAGUAAAAAUAGUAAUACAGAGGAUAAUGAAAUUAAGGCGAAAGACACGUAUAACGUUACUUUUUCAUUCGACGAUAUAAAUAAGCAGGACAUCAAUGAUAAGGAUGCAGAGGAAAAUAGGAGGAGAAUGACGAGUCUUGAAACCCCACCGGAAACUGGUGAUGGUUGGAAUCCGUUGAGUCCUUUUAGUUUAGAAGAAAGCUAUAAUCAACAGUCAAAUGCAGAAGAUGAAAGACUUUUAACAAGAUGUGAUUCCAUUAACGGGUCGACAGCGAAAACAAACGCGACGUCAGAUUCCAUGACCAACGUUACAAAAAUGACUCUUACUAGUUCUAGCUGUGAUUCAAUUUCUAUGCAUUCAUCUAGUCUCAUCAGUUCUGUAACUAGUUCCAUUGAAAGCAAUAUAACAAGUACCAGUUCUGAUCCAGACCAUGAAUACACAUCAGAAGACAAUGAUAGAUAUUGGCAGCAUUUAUGGAAAGAGAAUUUUCAAAUCGAGUACCAAAGGCACUAUGAAUUGUUUAUAGAAAGGUAUAAAAGGGAACAAUCUAAUAUGGGUAUUCAGAGUUAUCGCGAGGGGAAUAAGAAUGAAGAAAGCGAUGGAAGCUUAGACCAAGAUUUUGCGCAAAUAGAAACAGAUACAUCUAAUAAAAUUAAUAUACCCGAAAAUAAAGCCAUGUCUAAUAAGAAUUUCACUUAUUCUAAAAGAGAAAAGACGAGAAAGAAGAGACUGAUCAUGGAAUCAGUAGGAAUACUUGUACGGAAUUUAGUAACAAAAACGGAAGACAAUGCUAGUACGGAGAAUAAAAGUAAAGAAGCUAAUGAGCAUGUAGGUUCAUCCGAAGAUACACACAACAAUCAGGCUGCGGUUAUACAAAACGAACAUAGAGCAAUUAUUUGUAAUAACACUGGUAGCAAUAAUAGUAUUCAACGAAAUUAUUCUAGUGAAGGAGAUGGAGAUAAACCCCAUGAAGACAAACCUGUAACACUGAAAAGAAGCCAUGAGGCUGACUGUGAUGAUGCAGAAGGUCUAGAAACAGUGAAGAAGGCAUUUUCUUUAAUGGGUUAUACCUUCAACGAAAACCACAAGGAAUUAAAAUUACAAGGUGAAGUAGUAUACAGGAAGAAAAAUAUCAGAUUGCAAAAUAGACAGUUGAAAAUGAAAUUCUACAGGCCCAAGCAUACGAACAAACAUAUUUACUUUGAUGAUAAUGGAAUGGAAAUUACGAAUACUAUAGACAAAGUGAAACACUAUCUAUCAUAUUGCCCACCUUUACCAUCAUCAGAAGCAGAUAUGCAGCCCCCUGAAGAAGGUUCCUACAAAGCACAAUUUACAUCAAGUUCUGAUGAAGAGUGCAAUCCUAAUGUUAAUACGAAGUUACAAACGAAACGUUUUGUAUUUAGUAAACCAAGCACAAGUUCGAUAGAAUCUGGAGCAGAUAAAAAGCAAAUCGACGAUGCAAGUGAUUCGUGGAACGUGUCCGACAAACAAGAUGAUGUUUUUAAAAGUAUCGAAGAGGAUAACAAUGUAUAUUUUGACCAAGAAGAAAACAUUUCUGCUAAAUGUAUAUUAGAAAACCAACUUCCCGUGAAGGAUACUGAGAAAGUUGAUACUAUAAAUAUUGAUAUGGAUGUAGAUGAAAAAUAUAAUCACAACGAAAUACAGAAUAUGGAAUUAUGCGAUGAAGAUAACGUGAAAAAGACGCAAAAAAAAAAACGAAGGAAGCAGUGUAAAAGAAACAUAAACCUUCCAAUAGAAGUAGAUAAUGACAAGACUUUAAUGAAGUAUUGGUUAAAGAGGUAUCGCCUAUUUAGCAAGUUUGAUGAAGGCAUAAAAUUGGAUCGUGAAAGUUGGUUCUCCGUAACGCCGGAAAAAAUUGCUCAGCACAUAGCAGAAAGAUGCAGGUGUGAUACCAUUAUCGAUGCAUUUUGUGGCGCAGGUGGAAAUGCUAUUCAAUUUGCUUUUACGUGUGAAAAAGUUUUUGCAAUAGAUAUAGACCCAGUUAAGAUUGAACUUGCUCGAAACAAUGCUCGAAUCUAUGGUGUCGAUGACAGAAUAGAAUUUAUUGUUGGGGAUUUCCUUCAGCUUGCACCAAAGUUAUUCGCAGAUGUUGUAUUUUUAAGUCCUCCGUGGGGAGGACCUGAAUAUGCCAAGGAUGAAACUUAUGAUCUCAUUAACAUUAUGCAACCCAUUGGUGGAAUAAAUCUAUUUAAAAUAGCAAAAAAAAUCUCAGAUCAUGUGGCCUACUUUCUACCUAGAAAUGUAGAUACUAUGGAGCUUGCCAUGUUAGCCGGUGUAGGUGGUGGCGUAGAAGUGGAGCAAAACUUUCUUGACAGAAAGUUAAUAGCAGUAACGGCUUAUUAUGGCGAACUGCCCAGGGAUUGUUAGUUGUGAUAUGAUGUGUAAUUUACGAGAAGAUUCGCAUUGGCUGCUUAUAAGAGAAUGGAGCUUCUCACAUUUCUUGGAUCGCUAGCUGUAAAUAAUAACUCGUAUCAAUUUGCUUAGGCUACUCCGGGAGAAGCAGUAUUUUUUAUUUUCACUUAACACUUUCUUACAAAAUGCAUAUAAAAAGACAUCAGUUAUAUUCUAUAAUUUACUGAUAUAUUUUUUAAAUCUUUCUACUGAAUUUUUUAAGAAUAAUAUGUUUAUAGAUCCAUCAGUUACCAUUUACACAAAUUUUGCACUUAAGCAAAUUGAUAUAGGAAACUGAAUCUGUGGGGACGUGUUUGUGAAGUUCAACAGUUAAAAGACGUGAACUCUCUUGGAAAUCUUUAAAUUCAUUCUUCCGUACUAAUGAUAAGUGUUAUUUUUCCCUGGUGACUGCUUGAGUCAAAAAAUACCGGAGCAUUUCUUUUUCAGUCCAUCAUGUAAAAUAUUAUUUUAAUCAUACUACGAACCACACGUAAUAUUGUAAUUUACAUUU